AUGGCGCGCCAAAACCCAAACAUUGUCAUCACGGGUACACCUGGAGUAGGAAAGACGACACAUGCUGAGCAAUUAGCGCAAGCAACAGGGUUCAAACACGUUUCUGUGAAUCAGAUUGUCAAGGACGAGGGGUUCCAUGAGGGCAAAGAUGAGGAGACGGGGAGUUGGAUUGUGGAUGAAGACAAGCUACUCGACCACCUAGAAUCUCUCCCGCUAGCCAGCACAGGUGGCUAUAUCCUCGACUGGCACGCGUGCGAUCUCUUCCCCGAACGCUGGAUUGACCUCGUCAUCGUGCUGCGCUGCGACUCGACACUUCUAUACGAUCGCCUUACCGCAAGAGGUUACAAGGGAAAGAAGUUAGAGGAGAACAUGGAUAGCGAGAUUAUGCAGGUCUUGCUCGAUGAGGCGAGGGAGAGCUACAAGGAGGAGAUUGUGGUGGAGCUCAGGAGUGAGAGUAAUGAAGAUGUUGAGGGGAACUUAGAGAGGGUGGAACAGUGGAUUGCGCAGUGGAGGAAGGAUAGGCAAGAGGGGGAUGAGUAG